AUGGCUUCGCACUGCCGGUCCAAUAUUGGGCGUACGAGGCCAUUUUGGAGGUUGGCAAGAGGUAUGGCACGAACCACGGGAUUCGGUUCCCAGGAUGCUUACCGGACGAGCAAAGGCGAUAUUGGGAAGAAAGACGGGCUACUUCCACGGACGGAGGAGGAGGCAUUUGUGAGGACAAUAUCUUACGAUGGUGUGGAGAACCUGGUUGAUGAUGUUGUGGAUGACACAGAGGCUGAGGCAGGUAGUCAGGUACCAGAGACUCAGGUCCCAGACACUCAGGAAAGAGACACUCAGGCCACUGGUUCAGAACCUCAGCCCAGUGCACCAUCUUCAUCAGGCGUUCGGGGUGCCGAGUACACUGAUUUAGUGGCUCGGUUGGAUAGGAUCGAGGCUGACACUCGUGUCCGUAUGCCGCUCAUGUCGAGCCGAAGAAGGCAUACGAGACCGGCCAUGUAG